AUGGGCGGCAAGAUUGAUUUCUAUUACGACAUUGCUUCGUGGUUUAGCUAUGUUGGCUUCGCCGAUCUCUUUGCCAAUCUGGAGACUCUAGCUGCUCAUGGAGUCGAAGUAGAGUUCCAUCCCGUGGCUCUUGGCGCCAUCAUGAAAGCUGCUGGCAACGCCCCUCCCAUGAUGGUCCCCCGCAAAGGCGAGCACCUCUCCAUCGACGGCGCCCGCACCGCCGCCCGAGUCGGCAAAUCUAACAUGCGUUUCCCCCCCAACUUCUUCUCCCGCAGCAAAACCAUCAUCCCCCAGCGCGCCCUGCACUACAUCAAGCGGCACUACCCGGCCGAAACCUACGUCACGGCGCUGCACUACCUCCUCGACUCCUUCUUCACGCCUCCCCAUCCCAACGUGUCCAAGGCCGACGAGCUCGCGACCGUACUUGCAGAGUGCCCGCGGGGAUUUGCAGGUUCUGGGCGGGAUUACUCGCGCGAGCCGAGGUUGUUUUCUGCGGAGGAUGUUAGGAAGAUUAUGGAGGGUAUCGAGACGGAGGAGAUUAAGGAUGCGUUGAAGAAGACUACGGAGGUGGCGUUGGAGAAGAGGGCGUUUGGGGCGCCGUGGUUGGUGGUUAGGAAUGGGGAUGGGGUGGAGGAAGUGUUUUUUGGGAGUGAUCGGUUUGGGUUUGUGUAUAAGCAUCUUGGUCUUCCGUAUCGGGAUGUUGAGUUGUUGCCCCCUGGGAGCAAGGAAGGAUCGAAGCUGUAA